UUUUUGUUGACUACAUCGACACGUGGUGACGUCGUACCUUAAAAAACAAAACAAUAAGGUUAAUGAGUUUGUAAAUAAAAUAUCCUGAAAUAGAAAGUAACCCUCCCGUCGCGAGCGCGUCGCUCUAUUUUUGUAAUUAAGCGCACACGCAUCGCGCGGGCACGCGUCUCAUUCAAAUUUAUUCCAACUUUGUUCCGGUCCCGACAUGUCCUUUGUUUCAAUAUAUGAACGAAUAUAUUGAUGUUUUUCACCGAACACCAGAGCAACAGUGAAAGAAAAAUAGUUUGACCUAUUUGAAUUUUAAGUUUAUUGUGAAGUUCUGAUUUUCCGAGUUCGAUGAACGCGCUCCCAAACAUCUAAAAACUACGCGGUCUUCUAAAUAUGUUAUUAUGAGUAAUAACUAACCGAGUAAGAGGAUUGAACUCUCCCUUAUUUCCUGUGUGGUGUUUCAGCAGUGUUGUGAAACUUUUUAAUGAACUUGCUAGUGUUUUGUGCGUUUUCUGUGGAGUUAAAGUGAUACUAUGGGACCGACGAUAGUGCGUGUGGCGCCUGGUGGCGGUGCUGGGCAGAAGGGCAUCAAAUGCUGCUGCUGCCGAUGCUGCGAAUGCCUCAACCUUGGAUACUUGACCACCCAUCAUGGACUCAUAAAGCUAGCUGAAGCUAUGUUAGGUGGUUUAUGCCAGAGUCUGCUGGUGAAGUAUGGUAUGUCUCAGGCCACCGUCAUGGGUUCUGCCUUCCACGGGUUCCUGACGACGGCUUCCGCCUGUCUCCUUACUACUGCUCUCCUUAUCGCUUGCUACGUCCUCUCAUCACACACACAGCAGCUCAUCCGACAGUCUAUCUUUGAGUGCCUGUUCAACACUGUGGCGUGUUUCCUGUACUUGUCUGCGUCCUCCUACAUGGGCGUAGCAGUGAACAUCUACUUGUACCCACAGUACGCGCUUGUUAGCAUGUACGCCGCGUACCCGGCCAUGACUGCCGUCUAUUAUAUCGGAGUUGUCGUCGGCAUACUUCACGGAGUGGACGCGUACCUGUCCUACAAGUAUCACAAGGGAUAUCGAUAAACGAACGAGUAUAAUCUAAACACUUUUAAUUAUAUUAUUAGCAUAUUUUGAGUUUGCAAAACUCUGAAUCGUUACGUUACUUGCUUAUUCGAAUUUACAAAUAAAGUUAUGUUAUACGAUAUGAUAUGAGGAUUAACGACUUAGCUCGUGUGAAUAAGGGCUUUAAGCAUUCUGCUUAGGUGGUAGGCUAGUGAAAUUUCAUCAAAAUCAAUUCAAUACUUUGGGAUUUCUUUAUUAUCAUAAAGUAAAAACCAAUGGUUCAAAAGAUUUGUUAUCUAUAUAGAAAAUCUAUAGUUCUA